UCUCGCUCUUCUCGGUGCACACGGUGGCAGCUGACGAGUGUGAGGCGUGAAACUCAAAAUGGAAACCUUGGCAACUCUAUGCACUCUUCUGUUGCUCCUAUUUUUUGUUCAUGCUGACCUUGUGGAACGAUUCGAGAAUGUGCCUGAAUGCUUGAAGUAUUUCUACAAAAGCAAAGUACCUGUAUGGGGGGCUUCAAUACCUGGAACUGCUCAUCUCUGUCAACGAUUUGCCAACCGGUACCACUUUGCCACACUGUAUGACACAAACCGUCGUAUCGCAGUUUAUUCAGCAUACGUGUUCCAGCCUAGCAAUGGAGGUGGUCGGGAAAGAAGGUGGUUUGUAGAGCCUCAGCUGGUAAAUACAUCAUGGCAAGCUGAGAUGAAGGAUGGUUACUGGCUGGGCAAGGACCACCCUGGAAUCUACCUGGGGGAGAGACAGGCUCUCAAUGAGGACUACACACAUUCUGGCUUUGACCGAGGUCACCUCAAUCCCAAUGGACACCAUGCAGUUCCUGGCCGCAAUGCCACUUUCACCCUCACCAACGUGAUUCCUCAGAACCCCAAACUAAAUCAAAAUGCAUGGAGAAUCCACGAGUCUGAGCUUAAUGAGCUUUUCCGCAAAAAAUGCUCCAAGGCCUACGUUUUGGUGGGCGCAGUUCCUUCUGCAAACAAUUGGAUUGUCAAGAAUAACGUGAGGCGCGUCAACAUCCCCGACUACGUGUGGAACGCAUACUGCUGCGUGGACAACAAUGGCAGGCCCGUUCAAGGGGGCGCUGCUGCGGCCAGGAACACAGAAGACAACUGGGUUGAGAAACUCUCAUUGAACGAGUUUGAAGAGUUCUUACAGGAGUUUUCAAAUCAACCAGUGGGAGAGCUUUUCCACAAUAGCUGCAAAAGUUGAUGUGAUGAUAUAGUCUACCGAUUCAACCAAAGAUGUACACAAAUUGUAAAGAGAUAUUUUUGUAAAACGUAAUGGUUUACCAUUCCCUUUUACAGUCUUGAGGCUGUAUAACAACUUAAUAACAAAUGAAUAAAGACGAGCGUUCAAGUUUAUGCAUGUGUUCUUUCCCACUGUUGAUAUGUACUUUUCCAAUAAGGAAAUAUCAUCUGUGGAAGUAGCCCCAGACGCCCUUUGUUAGAUGUUGCUAAGAGUGCAAACAAAAUGCCUGAGCCAUAGAGGAUCGUAUUCAACCUGAAAUCAGAUGACUCACACAUUAGGCACAAAAUCAUCCAACUAUCCAUUUCCCAAGCCACUCAUCCUCACAAGGGUCACAAGAGUGCUGGAGCCUAUUGCAGCCAGCUUUCAGGCGAAAGGGAGUUAUAGAUUGAAGCGGUUAGUCGCAGGGAACUUAUCGUCAGGCAUGUGUAGCACUUCACCAUCAGUAACUCUCACAAAAAUCACCUAAGUAGAAAGCACAUUUUGACAACAGCUAGUUGUGAAGACAAAUUCAUGAGUGAAAUAUCUCCAUUUGUUUCAUGUUAAAAACACAAUUUCAUUUUUAGCAUAAACUAAAGUAAAAGCUAUGCAAGUCUGGAAUCAGUCCAGUAUGCGAUAAAAUGCAGUGGUCACUCGGCGCAGGAAUUUGCGAAUCCUCUUCAACAUGCUCUUGUUGGACUCAAAGUCAGCCUUUGCAUCUAAGGAAGGGGUUCGUUGUGGAUGAAGGGAGACGUCUUUGUUGGUCAGAGGACUCCAGCUGCCACUGCCGGCCUGUUGAGACAUGGUGAUGAAAGGAUGCUGCAAUGCUUGUGAGGCAGAGAUACGUCGAGACCCGUCAACAUGCAACAUCUGUUUUAGCAGGUCCAAGAAAGCCUUCUUUUUCUCAAGCUCCUCCUCGGGAAUCUCUUCCUCGGGCAGCAAAUGAAUCAGAUCUUCCAGGGGUUUGGGAAGCUCUCUGCAAUAAUCGUGCUUUUUGGGUUUCUCGUUGUUCACUGCUUCAAACUCCUCAGGUGUCAUGAGCCUAUAAUGAGAAGCUCCAACCUCCUCAUUUUCCGUGAAAUAGUUUUCAGUGUAUUUUCCGGCAUGAAGCAGGUGGUCGUCUGGCUGGCCCAGAACGCAGAUGAUGUGCUUCAUCAUUUGAUAUUCACAGUUGACAGCGAAGAGGGUUCCGGGCAGGAAAAGGAAGGCCAUAAUGCAGCCAACACUCCAGACAUCUAUGUUCUCAUUGUAAGGGAGGCCGAGUGUAAUUUCUGGAGCUCGAUAUCCCACUGGUUGAAUCUCCAACCCUUGCUUGAUUCUUGAUGCUGGAAGUGCAUUCCCAAAGUCAAUCAGUUUUACCUUUAAGGGCUGUUCUUUUCUAUUAACAACCAUUAUGUUGUCAGGUUUGAUGUCCGUAUGCAGGAUGCCGACACUCUUCAGGGUGACCAAGGCCACUAGCAGCUGAUGAGCAAUGACACGGAUUUCGUCCAGAGAGAAUGGCUGAUGUUGUCGCUCUUGCAGCAGAUUGAAAAGAUCGCAGUCCAGUACCUCAAACACCAAACAGAUGUUUCCCUCGUGCUCGAACUGCUCAAAGAACUUGACCAAAUUGGAGUAAUCUACAUCCAGGCCACUGAUCAUUUUCAGCAUAGACAGCUCUUUCUCAGUGUCUUGUUUGACAGCAGGGUCAUUCUUCAAGAUCUUAAUAGCCACCGUCUCCGACGUGUCCAGAUUUUUGCACACCGCCACUUUCCCGUAGCAGCCUUCACCGAUGAAAUCCAGGACAGAGUAAGCAUUGGAUUUGCUGUACAAAACUUUGCCAA